UAGAACCUAAUAGCAAUAUAUAUAACCCCAAACAGUUUUUUUUACUUCAAUUGAAUUUGCUAAAGUGAAAUGAUCCAAGGCAAAGUAUUAGUGGUAUCUAAUCGAUUACCUGUGACUAUCAAACGAUCUUCUAAAGGUGACUAUGAUUAUACCAUGUCAUCAGGAGGACUUGUUACUGCUUUGCAAGGAUUGAAAAAAUCCACCGAGUUCCAGUGGUUGGGAUGGCCUGGGUUGGAAAUCCCCCAGGGAGAGCAGCAGAGAGUCAAUGAUGACCUUAUGAACAAGUUUAAGUGCACAGCUAUCUAUUUGAGUGAUGCUAUUGCUGACCUUCACUAUAACGGAUUCUCCAACAGCAUUUUAUGGCCAUUAUUUCACUACCAUCCAGGGGAGAUGAGCUUCGACGAGAAUGCGUGGGCAGCUUAUAUUGAAGCCAACCGUUUGUUUGCAAAGACCGUUGCUCUGCAAGUGGACCACAACGAUAUGGUGUGGGUUCACGAUUAUCACUUGAUGCUUUUACCGCAAAUGUUGAGGGAAGAAAUUGGCAAUACCAAACGUAAUGUCAAGAUCGGUUUCUUUCUUCAUACUCCGUUCCCAUCUUCUGAGAUCUAUCGAAUCUUACCGGUGAGAAAGGAAAUCUUGGAAGGAGUAUUGAGUUGUGACUUGAUUGGAUUUCACACUUAUGACUAUGCCAGACACUUUUUGUCGUCGGUGUCUCGAAUUGUGUCGAAUGUGUCGACAUUGCCCAAUGGAAUUGAAUACCAGGGAAGGUCUAUUGGAAUCGGUGCCUUCCCUAUCGGGAUUGACGUAGACAAGUUUCUUCAAGGGUUGCAAAAAGACUCUGUUGUGAAGAGAAUUGAGCAAUUGAAACAGAAAUUUGAUGGAGUAAAGGUGAUAGUGGGAGUUGACAGAUUGGACUACAUAAAGGGAGUCCCCCAAAAGCUCCAUGCAUUUGAAAUCUUUUUGGAUGAGCAUCCGGAAUGGAUAGGUAAGGUGGUUUUGGUGCAAGUGGCUGUUCCUUCUCGAGGAGACGUGGAAGAAUACCAGAGUUUAAGAGCCACUGUUAACGAAUUAGUGGGAAGAAUCAACGGGAAGUUUGGCACGGUGGAGUUUGUGCCUAUACAUUUCAUGCACAAGUCGAUUCCGUUUGACGAAUUGAUCAGUUUAUAUCGCGUAUCAGACGUUUGUUUGGUGAGCUCAACCAGAGACGGAAUGAAUUUGGUGAGUUACGAGUACAUUGCCUGUCAAAAGGAGAACAACGGGGUAUUGAUUUUGUCUGAAUUUGCAGGUGCUGCCCAGUCGCUAAACGGGGCAUUGAUCAUUAACCCAUGGAAUACAGAGGAAUUGAGUGUAGCUAUCCAUGAGAGUUUGACGAUUCCUCCCGAAAAGAGAGCCUUUAACUUCAAUAAGCUAUUUGAGUAUAUUUCCAAAUACACUUCGGCUUAUUGGGGUGAAAGUUUUGUAAAAGAACUCUUCAAAUGUUCAAAGAGUGACUAAUUUUUUGUAUAUUUUUGUAUAUUCUUGUGUCUAAGGUUGAAUGAAAGAUAAAUAAAUAAGGGAUUGUUCCUCUUAUUCUACAUGGUCGUUAAAAUCGUUAAUGACGUUCAAGUUGGAGUAGGUGUGUGUUUCAAGGUUUCUUUGCGUAAGGGGUUUGAUCAUACUAUUUUCUUUAUCGUAUUUUGUUUCAUCACCUUCAUCCGCCUUGUCCUUUAUUACGUGUAGGUGUUUUCCAUGCUGAUGUCC